AUGAAAUAUCGCCGAGACCCAGAAAGGGCCAAUUGGGGCCAAGAUGCAUUCGUUGGCGAUGGCAUGGGAAAGUGGGCGAUUCUUUGUUUGAAUGACAAUUUAUUAUAUUGGUGCUAUGGUGAUGAUGGAAAUCCUCGGGAAUUUACUAUUCGAAAGGAUCUUCGAUGGGGGAGGUAUCGAGGGCUUAUCGACACUUGGUCCCGCGAAUUCAGUAUUUAUGAGGCCGAUGAGUCUUUUGAUGAGGCGUCCUCUAAACUAGGCUCUGGUAACGUCUGGGCGUUCUCUACCAGCGACUUCCACGAAUAUGGGUCCUUUGUCCAAGAGAAUUGCUUAUCGCGUGCUCGUUGGCCUUGA